UCACAGAUGGAUAGCUUUAAUUAGCUGUGAACAGGUGAGCGCUAAUUCGCGCUAAUUCUCUAAAAACAACAGCCAGGAGAGUGACGUCAGCGGUGAUCCCGCGCGGGGAUUGGUCGAGACGCGCUCACCCUGUCCCGCGCGCUGAGCUCGUGCUUCAGUUGUGUUUGUGAGGGGAACCGAGGAGCGAUCUCUCCCCCGUACAGCGGCAUCAUGGGGAACGCGCCCGGUACGUCUCUGGAGGAGCUGAGCGCGUGCGAAUCUCACCAGUGGUACCGGAAGUUCAUGACCGAGUGUCCGUCCGGUCAGCUCACGUUCUACGAGUUCAAGAAGUUCUUCGGGCUGAAGAAUCUGUCGGAGUCCUCAAACGAGUACGUCACGACCAUGUUCAAGACGUUCGACAUGAACGACGACGGCUGUAUAGAUUUCAUGGAGUACGUCGCUGCUCUGAGUUUGGUUCUGAAGGGCGGCGUUCAGCAGAAGCUGCGCUGGUACUUCAAGCUCUACGACAUGGACGGCAGCGGAUGCAUCGACCGCGACGAGCUGCUGCUGAUCUUCAAGGCCAUUCGAGCCAUUAACGGCACAGAGCAGGAGUUUUCAGCAGAAGAAUUCACCGACAUGGUGUUUGACAAGAUUGAUCUGAAUGGAGACGGUGUGUUGUCUCUGGAGGAGUUCAUGGAGGGCAUCCAGGCGGACGAGGUGCUCUUGAAGAUGUUGACCCAGACUUUAGAUCUGUCUCAUAUCGUCAAAAAAAUCUACAGCGAGAUCAGCUCUGAGGAGCAGGUCACCUGACCCCAGACCAGCCCGAGAUCAGGGUGCCAAACAUGAUGAAGAUGAUGAUGAUGAUGAUGACGGUAGUGCUGGUUCUGGACGGGUCGGUUUGAGGCUGGUUUCUCCUGCUGUAUUUCUCACGUUAAAAGCUGAACUUUACUGUUGAGUGAAGAGGUUUAAAUCCUCAGCACAUCAGAUAUUAUCAGUAUUAACCGUGUUGGACUGAAUUUCAGAAGCCAACAGCUGAUUAUUCUCUUAUAAUCUCACAGAAUAACAUUAGUGACUGACUAAACGUUACUAAAGCUAGAGCAAACCCUUUAAGUGCACUUAUAUAUGUUUAUUUUGACUUUAAAACCUUGAAUCAUUCCUGUGAAAUACAACAUUUCUUCAGUCCUGUGCUGUAUAUCAAGGAAAUCACACUUUAUUUAUGUAAAAAAAAAAUUGCAGUAUUAUAUUUUGUUGGGUACAUUUAUAAUGUUAUUACACUUGGAUUCCCUUUUCAAAAUAAAACAUGAAAUGUGUUUUUUGCAUGCAUAAUAAUAAGUAUAAACAGACUGAAAAUAUGUGACAUGAUAUACUGAAUUGACAAUCAAUGCAAUUUUGUAUUUAUGUCCCAAAUAUUUGUAAUAAAAUUACAACUUCACGUAAAAUAACACUA